CACCACAAAAUUAUCGUAUCGAUUCAAUAUUGGAACACUCUAUCGAGUCAUACACGGAUAGAGUUGGUUUCUUAGGAAUCAUUGACCUCACUGCAGAUAAUGUCAUCAGAAUGUUAAAGGAAGCAAAUGAAUAUGAAGGCAUCAUGAAAGCUUCCUCUUUGGAUGAUGUUAAACUGUCAAAGCAUACUGAAAAAUUAUUGGACGCCUUCAGAAGUACAACUCCCUCUGCCAAGUCAAUUAGAACAGUUCUUCAUACUUAUGGAAAUCCGAUAGACUUUGAUGUGUUUGAACAUGCUGACUUCGGGUUCAUCCAGACAACAACAAGACAUUUUCUUGAUCUUACUGAAGGUCCUAGAAACCCCCUUCUUGGCAGUUUGAAAGAACAUACAACAGAAAUUGCCCUAGCUUUUCAAAAUGGGGUCUUUAAGAUCACAAAAAAACCAAAGCCAAGGCUUCCUAUGUGUACACACAUUCCGCAACUGAAGAGCUUCAUUGAGACUUUACUGCUUUCACCGAAUUGGAAGAUAUCAUUGAGUAUACCAGAAGUCUGACAGAGCACAAAUCCGAAUGUAGAUUUGUGAAGAGAAUCUUUUCAUGAGAUAACAACUACAAUACUUGAGGACGUACAACCAGAUAGACAAUACAUUCUACCACUGUCUAUUUAUAUUGCAUCUAAUACAGCUUAUGUACAACAUACAACAAGAUAGAGGAUUGAUGUAUAACACAAGAAGCAUCUGAACUUGAAAUUAAUGACUAGCAACAUUUCCCCACAAUAAUAUGAAAUACCACCAGCUAUUGAUCUUUCUUCUUUUUCUUUUUCAUCCGAAGAAUAAUAA